GCAAGUUCAGUCACUUCCAGGUCAUGUGAGGGCAGAUGUUCUGUAGGUGACUGGACUUGGAGACAGGGGAGUCCAGAAGGGCAGUGGGCUGCCUUGUCAGAGUGUCCCUGUCACAAUAGAUAUGCAGACAGCUUCAGAACAAUUACUGACCUGGGAUACCACAGAUUUCAUUCAUCAGAUAGAAGCUUGGAGUUGAUGACAGUUACCUUCUGGUUGGGACAUUCGGUGAACACUGGCUGGCGCCUCACCACCCCAGAACAGAUUUCUACCUCCAUCUGCAGCGAUGAGUUACAUCCCACACACCAAGACCUCCGGAGGCCUCCCAGGAUGGUGGGCUUUGGGGGAAACUGGGACUUGUACACAGAAGCUGCAGGCCGGGCCACACCUGGCGGGUGGCAGGCGGAGAGCGCCCCUCCCGGUGGGGAUGGGGGGGCGAGCCUGCUCCGCCGGGCUGGGGGCCGUGAGACACUGGAACGCCGGGGCGAGAAGGCAGAGGGAUGCGCAAACGCGCCACGUGGAGGUCCCGCGCGGCAGGCAGGGGCGGGAGCCCGGGAGCCGGCCAUGCGCCCGCCUCCCCCCCACCCCCCACCCCCCACCCCCCCCCGCUCGAGGGAGCCUCCGAGAGUCGGGUCGUCGCUGACCGCAGGCUGCAGGAGCGGUUGAUCUGGUG